AUGAAUUUAUUCUAUCCAACAACAAAAUGGCAACAAAUUAAUCUUUGGUUAAAAACUCUUUCACAUAUCAUUGAUUCUUCUAUUAAUGAUUAUGCUUUUUUAAUGCGAGCAAAAAAUAUAAUAAUUAACGAUAAUCAAACCAUAUCGUCAACUAUAGAUCAAACAACAUCGAUGACAAUUGAUGUUAUUAAUCGAAAUACGAUAAUUGAAGUUAAUUUUACUUAUGAAGCAAAUAAUCAAUCUAUUUAUGCAUUAAAAUCAAUGAAGAUUUCGUCUUUAUUAAAUUUAAUUGAUUUUUAUUCUGAUGAUUGUCUUCUUAGGAUGAAAGAAAUAAAUGAACAAAUUUUAACAGAAGAUGAUCUUCAAAAAUCUAUAGAUACUUAUUCAACUAUUGAAAAUCAAUCAAUUCAUUUUCAAAUAUUGAACUCAGUACAAAUAAUAAAAUAUGAUGAUAAAGAACAAAUAAAAAUACCUUUAUCAAAUAGAAAUAUAACUAUUCAACAAUUAUUAAAUUUAACAGGUAAAUCAAUCGAUAUUUAUAAAUAUUUAGCUACGAAUGAUACUAAAAAAAUUAUUAAUCCUAAUGAAAAGCUUUCGAAUUUAAAUCAAACUAAAUUUAUUCUUGUUAAAGAAAAUGAAACUUGUCUUGUAUCGAUUAAAAAAUCAGAUGAUUUACAAUUAAUUUAUAAUAAUGAAGAACAAGAACAAGAAAAAAAUAAGCAAUAUCAACGAUUUACUAUAUCUGCUACUAUAGCUGAUAUUAAUAAAGAAAAUCAACUUGAUAUUUUAUAUCAAUAUCUUCUAUGUUCAAAUGAUUUUGUUCCAUCAACAGAUAUUCAAUUACUAUCUUUUCAAUUAGAAUCACUGAUUCAAUUUACUGUUAUUGAUCAAAAUUUACCAGUUCUUGUCACUAUACAAAAUGAUAAAGAAAAUAAAUCAAUUCAAUUUAAUUGUAGACUUUCGAUAACAAUAAAACGUCUUUGUGAAAUUGUAUGUCAACUAUUUAAUAUAAAUAGCAAGGAUUUUUAUCUCAAUAUGAAUGAUAUAACAUUAAACGAUGAUGAUAUCUCUUUAGAAGAUAUUGAUGAAAAUAUGACUCAAAUUCAAUUCCAAAUGAUUUCAAAAACAUCUAUAUAUUGCUCAAUCAUGUAUUCUAAUCAGAACAUUACAUUGCCAUGCAAUGAUGAUACAUCGAUAAUGACUAUCGUUAAAGAAAUAUUUCAGAAAUUACAUAUAUCAGAAAAUGAUAUGAAUAUGUAUGAGUUGAUGGCGUUGAAUGAUGAUCAAACACAAAUCAGUUUCGAUUUAUCAAUAGAUGAUAUUCGUCAAUUAUUUCCUAUUGAUUCGACGACAGUGUUACUUCAAUUAAAAAAUAUAAAUGAAUGA